AUGUCCGAUACCCUCAAGAAUGGCGAGUGGCUCAAGGUCGGCGAGAGCCUUUGGAGCCCUGAUGGCUCCGUCGAACUGAAAAUGCAAGAGGAUGGUAAGCUGGCCAUCUACUGGGAAGGGGAGUGCCGGUUUCAGACCACCGACGAGCAACGCGACGACAUUGAUGGAAUUCGAAUUCAGGAGGACGGAAAUUUCGUUAUUUAUGACAACGAUGGCAAUGCUGUCUGGGCCUCUGACACUGCUGAGCCCACAGGAGACAGCAGCGUUGAGGUUGUUGUCCAAGAUGACGGCAAUGUAGUCUUGUACAAGAAGACCGCCAUCUGGUGUAGCGAGACUCACAAAUGA